UUCCAUGGAGACAGGCGGGGGCGGGGCCUGUACUCCGCCAGCCCUGCCCCGGAGCCAUGUUGGAUGGAACCGCCGGCGCCGAACCCGGGACACGGAGCGGGCCGCCCCAUGGCGACCCGCCCAGCCCCGUGCACCGUCCGCAGCCCUGUGGCGCUGCAGGUGGGAGAUGUGAAGACGGACCUGGCUCGGCCUGGCGUGGCCGUCAUUGAUGUGGCCUUGCCCCCCGCCCAGCCCCUGGAUUUGCAGGAAAUCGUCUUUAAGAACUCCUACACGGCUUUCCUGACUGUGCGAGUGCAGCGGCGCCACCCCUGUGAUGUGGGGCGCGCCAGCGCCAGGAAGUGGGUCACCUGCUUGUGGAAUCACUGCCUGAUGCCCAGCCCGCACACAGAGGCCGGCUCCCAGGAUUACUUCUCUCUCUUCAGGCAUCAGUUGCUGUGUGAUGUGGAUCAGGUGACUGCCGUGCGUUUGAUUCUUCGCCAGCCCUCGCCCGUUUGGCUGCACUUCACCCUGGAGGAGCUGCGGCUCUACCCCAGGGGCCAGCAGAGCCUGCAGACAGACUUCCCGUCCUGGCUGUCCCACCUGGCCCCCCAGCAGCAGCCAGAAAACCUGCAUGGGAUUCAGACUAACACGGCUACUCCUCUGAUACUUGUUAUAAGAGAGAAAACCUCUGCCGGCCUUGUUCAAAGACCAGGAAAAUGCGGGUGUCCCCGACCCGGAAAAGGUGUCUACAGAAGUCCAGCAGCUGUGGGUACUAACAGAGAUGAUCCGCGCUAACCAGACGGCAGCCCGAAUCGGGCGUUUUGACGUGGAUGGCUGUUACGACAUCAAUCUGCUCUCCUACACCUGAGCUCUGGCCCAGGCUGGCUGCCCUGAACUUGCCAUCUGCACAGCACGUUUCCUUCAUUGCUGAUCAGAGUCUGCCUCAGCUCUCCCAAGCCAAGAGGGUUGUUUUCUCUCCCUCCCUGUUCUGUGCUCCCUCAGCCUCCCCCACAGCAUCUCCUGGGCUUCUUGGCUCCUUGGUGCUGGCCAGAUUCCUCCAUCUGCAUCUCCCUGGGGCCUGCGGACUUCCUCUUCUCCUGGCACUGCAUAAGCUCCCUGUUCUGGGCCUGGCAGGCAUGUCCCCCAGCCUCCUGAUCAAAUCACAUUGCAGGUGUUUGGCAGAGCCCCCCCGGGAAUUUCAGACAAAUCCUGCUUCCAGUGAGAUCUGGGGUGCCAAUAAUCCUGGGGUGGGCAAAGCUCAAGGGAUGUGCUGGGCUCUGGGAACAGAGUUACUGCCCUGAAUAUUGCACCAGAGCCCUGCCCCUCCGAGCUUGGAGCUGCCUGGGGCUCAGCGUGGGGUUGGUGUGCUGCAGGCAUGGGACAGGGAAGGGACUGUGAUGUUCCCUGUUUCUUGCCAUUGCCCAUGGCAGUGCAGUGGGAGGUGCUACCCAAAAGCCACAGGGCUACUUUGGCAGUUUUUUUCUGUUCUCCCUGUUCUGGUAGGGUACAGGGCUGGGGCCCUACUACCUUCCCUUCAUGGUAGUGGGGCUGCAGGGGCAUGGCGAGGGGGGAGGAAGGACUGUCGGUUGGAGCCUUCCUGGCUGUGGAUUUUAGCAAGGUUGCAGGGCUCAGAGCCUGGGAUGGGGAGAGCUGUCUGUGGGCUCUUGGGAGCCUCAGCACCAAUGGCAAUCAAAGUAUGCUACCGCAGAACACAGUCCAGACACCCCCCAUCGCUCCCAGCCUGGGAUUGAGUGUGGGAUCCCCAUUGUCUCCCAGCCCCAAUUGGCUCCUGACCCAUAAAUGUGCAAACUCUGUGAAGAUGGGCAGCUUGUCACCUAGCCCCUCUGAUAGCCCCAGGGUGCUCCCAGAUGCUCACUUCCAAUCAUGGAGUAAAUAGCAGCCACGCGGAAGAGAUUUGAACUCUUGGUCUCCUGGAUCCCAGCCUGGAGCACCUUCCCCCGGGCCCCUGGAUCAUGGCCUGGAGCCCCCCCCCCACUACACACACCCACACACCAGGUACUGGGGGUUGUCUCUCUCUCUCUCCUGCAGUGCUGGGCAAGAUUCCCAGCAGCCCUGUGUGCUGCUCCUGAGCACCCAGUCCCUUGGUAACACGGGUGUGGGCUGGUUUGCGGGCUCAUGGGCCUGCUCAAAAAAGUAGGGGAUGGGGUGUGUCUUGGGAACCGCUGCAGCAACCGAGCCCCACUUUGUGCCAUUAACUCUCCCAGGAGGUGCAGUGGAGAGUGCUGGCACCUGACGUGGGGCAAUGGCAUGACUGCCACUUUCCCUGGUAUUCAGGGCAGUGGCAGGAGGUGAACACCUGGCCUCUCCCCAUGUUCUCUCCAAGGGGGCUGGAGUAGCUUGCACCUUCCAGCCUUCACCACAUGUAACCUCUCGCCUACCCUGGGAAUGGCUGGCCCCAGCAUUUGUCUGGGAACCAAGGUCCAGAGAGACUUGCCCAGGGUCACAUAAGGAGUUUGUAGCAGAACUGGGACAUGAGCCCUGGUCUCCUGAAUGCCAGCCUGGUGCCCUCUCCUUGGGCCAUCUUUCCUGGCCACGUGCUUCCUUCCAUCCUUCCUGGCUGCAUGUGGCUGGGCUGGCCUGAGUAGGACAUGGGUCUUGGGCUGUAGCCAGCCAUGCUGUUCCCUCCAACAGUCACUGUGCCCAUGGGGAUCUGACCCCUAUUCUGCCUGUCCCCACAGGGGGAUGCAUCAUGCAUUUGCUGGAUCUGCACCCAGCUGCUCUAAUAAACAACCCCCAAAGCUGA